AUGUCGCUCGCAGACUACCUAGCGAAGAACUAUCUCAACGCCGACCCUUCGACAGGGAAGAAGACCAAAAAGCAAAAGCGCAAGCACAAGGCCGCUAAAGAUGAAGGUCUCAUCAUCGCCGAUGAUGACGCGAUGGGCUGGGAUAACGGCCCUAAUCAGCAGGAGGAUGAAGAUACACCAAUGACAGUGUCUGGAAGCAGCACCGAAUUUCGCAAAAAGAAAACAUCUUCCUGGAAAUCAGUUGGUGGCGCUACACCUGGCAAUGCAGAUCAGGCUGCAGCCGAUGCCAUUAUCGCUUCCGCCGCUGCCGAGAGUCGCGCCCUGGGCGAUGCUGACGACGAAGACCCCACGCCCGUCAUGGAAUCUGGUGCACAAGCAGGAUUACAAACAGCUGCCCAGGUCACGGCCGCGCUUCAGAAACGCCAGAAGGAGGAAGAAGCACAUAUGCGGUCUGCGAUGAAAGAAGCCGGCGCUGCGGCAAAUGAGACGAUAUAUCGUGAUGCAAGCGGUCGCAUUAUAAACGUGGCUAUGAAGAGGGCGGAAGCGCGACGUGCUGCGGAUGAAGCAGCAGCGAAAAAAGCACGUGAGGAGGAGGAGGCCCGGGGCGAUGUACAACGAGCAGAAAAAGAGGCGAGGCGACAAGCGCUUCAGGACGCUAAAUAUAUGCCUGUUGCGCGGACUGCCGAUGAUGUGGAGAUGAAUGACGAGCUUAAGGAACAAGAGCGCUGGGCAGAUCCAGCGAUGGCGUUCCUGACUAAGAAGAAGGAUGCUAAAAGCCGCACGGGGAAGCCGUUGUAUAAAGGCGCUUUCGAACCAAAUAGAUACGGCAUUCGUCCUGGACACCGGUGGGAUGGUGUUGAUCGCAGUAAUGGGUUUGAGAGGCAAUGGUUCAAGGCGAGAAACGCAAAAGCAAACAGGGCGAACUUGGAGUAUGCGUGGCAGAUGGAUGAAUGA